GCCUUGGGCUUGGCGUACAACAACGAUAGGUUGUGGGCCUGCUGUGCCGUCGGGGUGAGGUGUUUCGGUCAAUUUGGUUUUCAAGUCACGCCUCCGAUCACAUCUGGUUGGCUUGUGCUAAUUUGUCAGGCCCAAGUGACAGGUCCAGCCCCUUUGGUUUCGUCUCCGGGACAGACAGGCGAAGUGAGGGCUUUCCGUGUCGAGUUUACGGCACUGAAAACAACAACGCGUCCUGUCGACUAUUGGGUUCAGGCCUAUAGAUGCGCCCACGUGGCAAAAAGGCACAUAACAAAUUAG